AUGGUAGAACGUUUUCUGAUCGUAACUUUGUUGCUUAGCCUCAUCUCAUUUUCUUCAACCGUUUUCGCUUCUUCUCCACCAUGCUCCUCCAUCAGUGUCACUGGGUUGCCGCUGGUGAGAAAUAUCAGCGAGAUUCCUCAGGAUAACUACGGUAGACCAGGUCUCUCUCACAUAACUGUUGCAGGUUCAAUCUUGCACGGAAUGAAUGAGGUUGAAGUAUGGCUUCAAACAUUUUCACCAGGAGCACACACCCCGAUUCAUAGGCAUUCUUGUGAAGAAGUUUUUAUCGUUCUCAAAGGCAGUGGCACUCUUUAUAUUGCAUCAAAUUCACAUAGGAAAUACCCCGGAAAUCCAGAGGAGCACUUUAUCUUUCCAAAUAGCACAUUUCAUAUUCCUGUUAAUGAUGCUCAUCAGCUUUGGAACACCAAUGAGCAUGAGGAUUUACAAGUUCUAGUUAUAAUAUCUCGUCCACCAGUUAAAGUGUUUAUAUAUGAUGACUGGUCCAUGCCUCAUAAUGCUGCCAAAUUGAAAUUCCCAUACUAUUGGGAUGAGCAGUGUUCUCAAGAACCUUUGAAAGACGAACUAUGA